AUGCUAAAUGGCAUCGAACAGCUAAAUGGCAGCAAUUAUGUCACGUGGAAGGAGAAGCUUGAGAUCACUAUGGCCUUACUCAAUAUUGAUUAUGCUCUCCUUAAUGAUCCUCCUGAGGUGCCUAAAGAAAAUAAUGAAAAUUAUGAAGCCCUCAAGAAGGAAUAUGACAUUAUUAAGGCUAAGUGGGAUGACUCUAAUCGCAAGUGCCUUAUGAUGAUAAAGGGCUCCAUUACACAGAGUAUGAGGGGAGCCCUUCCUGAUUGUGAGACAGCAAAAGGGUACUUUGCAAAAAUUGAGCAUCAAUUUAAAGGGUCUUCUAAAGUUUAUGCAACAAGUCUUAUCGGAAGGCUAAUUGAUGAAAAAUAUGAUCCCACUGGAAGUCUUCGAGAGCAUAUUAUGAAAAAGUGCAACAUGGCCGCCAAACUAAAGUCAAUGGAGAUGGAAAUCUCUAAUGGUUUCCUCGUCCAUUUUAUUAUGUCAUCUUUGCCCCCACAAUUUGAUCCAUUUAUGAUCAACUAUAAUGCGAUGGAUGUUAAAUGGGAGAUUGAUGAAAUGAUGGCGCGAUGUGUGCAAGAAGAAGAAAGGCUUAAGGUCGACGGAAUUGAUCAUGUUAAUCAGUUUGGUCAUUCACAAAAGAAGAAGUAUAGAAAAUUUGUGAAUGAAUAUGUGAAGCCCAAGCCUUAUAAGUUCAAGGAAAAAGGCCAAUCCUCAAAAGGUUCCACGACAAAAGAAGCCGGAAAAAGCGCCUAA